GUCCCAUCCCGGGGAGACGAUCUCUCUGGGGCUUUUACAAUGCUUCAUCGACACUUUCCAGGGAUUAUUCCAUGGGGAGAGACUUAAGGAGGCGAUGGGCAUCAGAGAAUCAACCCUGGACACGCGAUAAUGAGGCUAAUGAAGAGACUGAAGAGAAAGUGAAACCCAGAAGAGAGAUUCUUAUUCCAUUCUGGGUAUCGCCGAUAGUUCUGGGCAUUGGAAUAUUGAUGUUCUAUGCCGGAACUGUUGCGUUUCACUCACUGCCCGCAAUGAAGACCCUGGCAGAGGAGAGGGACUACCCGGAUGAUUUCAUAGGCGAGCGGGCAAAGUAUUUGCUGGACGAGUUCACCAAGAUCGGCCAGAAAGUAGUUGGAAGUGAGGAAAAUGAAGUCCUGGCUGUUGACUUCCUCCUGAGAGAAAUUGAGGCAAUCGACCAGAGUCGUCAUCACGCUCAUCAGAUCGAACUGGAUGUGAGCACGCACGACGGAGGCUUCUUUCUGGGUUCUCUGCCCACUGGCGCAAUUGCCUAUUAUCACGAACUCCAGAAUGUAAUCGUGAGAGUGAAACCAAGCUCUGGACCCACUCCAGCAGCCACUCUUCUCGUCAAUUCCCACUUCGACACAGUGCCAACAAGUCCUGGCGCCUCGGAUGCCGGAAUCAUGAUCAUAGUAAUGCUGGAGACUCUCAGGAAGAUUGUAAGAAGUCCUCAAGCUAUGCGUCACAACAUUGUCUUUCUCUUCAACGGAGCUGAAGAAAUUGGGCUAAAGGCUGCUCAUGGCUUCAUCACUGGUCAUCCUUGGAGGCACAACAUCACGGCUCUGAUUAAUCUCGAAGCAACUGGAAGUGGUGGCAAAGAAAUCCUCUUCCAGGCUGGUCCAGGAGCGCCUUGGCUGCUGAAUCUUUACGCCAAAUACGCCAAGCAUCCUUAUGGAGCUGCAAUGGGAGAGGAACUCUUCCAAGGAGGUUUCGUGCCUUCAGACACGGACUUUAGGAUCUUCAGAGAUUUCGGAGGAGUUCAGGGUCUUGACACGGCAUUUCCAUACAACGGAUACGUUUAUCAUACAAAGUAUGAUAGUAUUGAUGUGAUUCCUGAUGGAACUUAUCAGCAUACUGGUGAUAAUGUUCUGUCCCUUGUCAAGGGAAUGGCCAAUUCUCCAGAGCUGGACGUGGGUGCAGAUCUAUCGACUGGAUCCGUGAUAUUCUUCGACUUUAUGGGAUGGUUCAUGAUUUCCUACACCGAAGUUGUGGCUAUAAUCGUUAACAGCUUGCUGACAAUCCUCCUAAUCGUGAUCGUGGGAUUCUCCAUCUAUCUCAUGACCAAGGCUGAAAAAGUUCCUUUUACAACGGGGCUUUUGGAACUGGGUAAAAUCUGCGCGGUUCAUAUCUUAUCAAUUAUCCUGGGAAUAGGCCUGUGUCUCCUCUUGAUGGUGAUCUACAAAGCCGUAGGACGCGCACUAGGCUUCUACUCGGAACUUUGGUUGCUUUACGGCAUCUACUUCUCUCCAUUCUAUCUGGGUCUCGCGCUUGGGCCUUGUCUCUACUUCACCUUUAGGAAACUUCCUCUCCGCAUCAAUCACGAGGUACAGCUCUUUCUUCACGCUCACGCUCUACUCCUGGCUCUCAUCAUGAUCAUAAUGACUGGACUUAGGAUUCGAUCUGCGUAUCUCCUGACCGUUCUUGUGAUCUUCUACUGCGCUUCUAGUGGAAUCAGUGCAGUUUUUCGACUCGUGAAUCAUCGACACAUCGGGUGGAUUUACUUCCACAUCUUGGGCUUGGUUCUGCCCUUUAUUUUCUUCGCCUAUCUCUGCACGAUCGCCUUCACUACAUUCGUCCCAAUGAACGGACGAGCUGGACCACAGAGUGACUUGGAUAUACUUCUCGUCGUCUUUAGUUGCGCGAUGGCUCUCUUCCUCGGAGGCUUCAUAGUCCCUCUGAUCGGGCUCUGCACUCGCCGAUGGUGGGUUUACGGCUUGAUCUUCGGACUCUUCAGCGUUCUGGGCAUAAUACUCUUAGCCACUCCAAUUGGCUUUCCCUACAGAGCAGAUACCAAUCCCCAACGCUACUGGAUAUUCCACACCGAUCGUGUUUUCUACGAGUUAAACAACAAUGUCAGGAAAACAGACGCAGGAUAUAUGCUUCUGCCCAUGGAUAGCAAUUCCUACCCUGACUUCCUCAAGGACUAUGUGCCAGAAAUGGAAAGCGCAGUGGCAGUUGAAGAAGAUUGCACUGAAGAAAUCUUCUGCGGUCUUCCCCUCUACAGAGUUGGAAUGGCCAGAGACGUGCCCCAUUCCCACUGGAUUCCCGCAUCUCCACCCCACCUCAACCACUCAGUUACUCUCACCAGAAUUACCAACCAAAUCCCCGCUGAGAGGAUGGCAUUCCAAGUCGAGGGACCCAGCAGAAUAACCCUCUACAUCGCUCCAGCACCUGGAAUAGUCAUCAAAAACUGGAGCUUUAUUCCAGAAAUUCCCCAAGUAGGCAUUCCUAAGAUGCCCAACCGAAGAGCGCACUUCAUUGUCCGUACCGCAGGAAAAGUCCUACGACCCUUCAGUUUCUGGUUUGAUCUGGAAACUCCCGAUAAUUGGUCACCAGACACUCCCAAAGUGACUAUAGCAGUUUCUGGCCACUUUACACACUAUGACAAUGAGAAAACACCUGAGUUCAGGAGAUUCAUUGAUUCCUUUCCUGACUGGACAGACGUGACAGCCUGGAUUGUCGGCUAUCGAGUUUAUGAGUUUAAUUAAUUUUAUUAUAAGGGUUUUUUGGGUACCAAAGUGAAAUGAUAAUGAGACUUUUAAAUCAAUAAAAUUUCACUUUAAUAUUGAUAAUGAUUUUUAGAUAGAGAAAUAAAUUACCACGAGAAAUCGAAGUUCUCAAACUAACGAACAACAUAGACUCUAAUGUAGGUUGUUCUUCGAGCUGAUCAAAUUUGUGUAAUAAAUUAAUGGAAUAGGUAUGAAAUAAUAUUCUUAAGAGCUUGAUGUUUCAACAAAAAGCAGACAAAUUAAAGCCUUCAUAAAUACAUAAAUAUAGAAGGUGAUAUUUUCGAACGACUUCAAA